AUGCAACGCCUAGAUGACACAGAGCUAUCAAAACCUCCUUCGGAGGUUUUGGAAAUCAUCUGCAAACUGGGUAAGGGGUCCUAUGGAAGUGUUUACAAGGCCCGAUACAAGGCUAAUGGCGGAAUAGUUGCUGUGAAAAAAGUUCCCGUUGAUAGUGAUUUAGCUGACAUAGUGAAAGAAAUUUCAAUUAUGCAACAGUGUGAUAGUCCAUUCAUUGUAAAAUGCUACGGUAGUUUAUUCGAUAGUCAAGACUUAUGGAUUUGUAUGGAAUAUUGUGGUGCUGGUUCAAUAGCUGAUAUUAUGCGCUUGCGAGGGAAACCAAUUACUGGAGAAGAUGAAAUUGCUACAGUUUUACAUUAUAGUCUGUGUGGUUUAGACUAUUUACACCAAAUGCGAAAAAUUCAUCGUGAUAUCAAAGCAGGAAAUAUACUAUUGCUUAAUUCAGGUGCUGCGAAAUUGGCAGAUUUUGGUGUUGCUGGUCAGUUAUCUGACACUCUCGCUAAGCGUAAUACAGUUAUUGGUACACCUUAUUGGAUGGCGCCUGAGGUUAUUCAAGAAAUCGGCUAUAAUUGUUCUGCAGAUAUUUGGUCUUUAGGUAUAACUGCUAUUGAGAUGGCUGAUGGGAAACCUCCACUGGCUGAUAUCCAUCCUAUGCGUGCACUAUUCAUGAUACCGAGUCAACCAGCUCCAGCUUUACGUAAACCUAGUAACUGGUCAUUAGAGUUUCGUGCAUUUGUUACAGCCUGUUUGGCCAAAUCACCUGAAGCACGUCCUACAGCAGCAGCGCUAUUACAAACUGAAUUUAUUCGUAAUGCAAAACCCUGUUCAAUACUCUUGCCACUGAUUAAUGAAGCCAGUGAAGCCCGAGAAAAACGUUUAUUACAGCAGCAGCAACAACAACAACAAGCAGCUGCACCUCUUUCUUCGCCAGGAACCCCGACCUCUGAAGCCGCCAAACGACGUCAUUCAGUGAUGAAUAAAGCCGAUGAAAAUCAUCAGUCAAAGUAUAAACCAAGUCAACCAUCAUCACAACAAGAUGAUUUCGACGACAAUUUACAUACAAUGGUUCGUUCAAAUACCUCGUGCAAUCGUAACCUGAAUAAUAGCAGAAACAAUAGGGAAACUGGUCUAGAUGUUGAUGGAGCUGCAACUUUGGUCUCUUUAAAUUCGAAUUGUGAGAGUACAGAUGGUGUCAAUGAUGAUGACGAUGGCACCAAUGGCAGUUUUAUACGCCAUCAUGAUGAAUCCAAUGUGAAUAGUUCUUAUCUAUCCGGUAAUUUGGAUACAAUGGUUGUAAAUGAUGCUGAAAGUGAGGAAGAUAGUGGUUCUGUUGUUGUGCAUGAUACAAAUAGUUCAUCAGAUGGUCUGGACGAUGCAGAACGUGAUCAACGCGAAGCUUUUGCAAUGUUGGACGCUGCUCUCCCGCCCGCUAUCACAACUACUGAAGGUACACUAACUAGAAGAAUUGAUAAAGCUGCAAAAGUUCCUAAUAAUAUUGACCGAGAAGUACAACAACACGCUAUGUUGAAUGAUCCCAAUGUAAAUGCAACUGGUCAUGCUCAGCCACCUUUCGCGCAAAGACCAUUUGCACCAUUUUCACGUGCUGUUCAACAAAGUGGUCUUUAUCCAAACGGUAUAGCCAAUGAACCUGGUGCAUUAGGUCGACUGUCCUAUGCAGAAUUAGAACAGUUACUUAUUUCCUUAACAAAUGACUUGGAAACAGAACUACGUAAUCUAGCAGUUCGUUAUCGGCAUAAACGUCAACCAUUGUUAGAUGCUAUUGCAGAGAAGACAGCUCAAGCCGCUGGCAAAACAAUGACAGUCAAUAGUGAAAAGUCAAAGUCCAAUCCUAUUUCUCAUUGCUGA